ACAAAAAUUAAAUAACACAAAUUAUUUAUUAAAAGAAAAUAAAUUUUUCUAGAAAAAGUUUUUAAAAAUUAUAUCUUUAAAUAGUGUUUUGUAAAUGAUAUUUACGCCUUAAAUUUCAUUUAAUUAAUGAAAUUUUUAAAUGGUUUAAUUAAUCAAAAACCCAUACAAUUUAAUUGUAAAAAUUAAGAUGAUCAUUUUGCUUGUUAUUGGGUAACUGAUCUCUGCGUGUAUGUUGUGUUUUUUUUUUUUCAAAAUUUCUAAACAAAAGUUUGAAAAAUUUAAUUUGUUAAUGAUUGUUGUAACUUUUCGAAAUAAAAACAAAUUAAGCUACUGUAAAUUAAAACCGAAAUAUAUUAUUAAAACAAAAGCUUAAUAUUGAUGAGAAACUAAUAAUAUAAUUAUUUUUUAAAAACAACAAAAAACAUAUUGAGAAAAAUAUAUUGAAAUAUUAGCUUAUUAUGGGAUUAAAUUAAUAACUAAUUUGUUAUUUUUUUCUGCUGCACUUGGAGAAAAAAGAUUAUGUUUUCUAUAUGACAGAAUUGCGCGCAAUAUCUUAAAGCUAUAUUAGGAAAAAGUUCGUUGAGAACUUUUUGCUUAACUAAUUUAAUAUCGAAAGCAUGCGCCUAUUUAAGACGCGCAAAUCCAUAGAUACUACUCAUAAUCCUUUGGCAUCGGAUAGUCAAACCUCAAAUCAUUCACCAGUAGCAACAUGUGCCUCGAAAUUUACCAAAUCAAUAAGUGGUUCUUCUACCAUAUCAUCGUCAUUGCCCGAUUUGCAUGAUAAUUCACCCGUUAUGAUUUUAAGUUGUACGAAUUUAAGUACCAGCGGUACUCCAAAUAUAGCAGUUUCCUCCUCAGCUCAUACAACACCGCCCAAGAGUAAUGAUUCCAUGUCGCCGCAACAAUGUUCUACACCUGGUAUACAUUAUCAAGCUGUUCAACAAAAUCUUAAUUACUCUCAUAGUGGUAGACAGACACCAUCGGCUUUAUCUGUGGCCUCUUUAAAUGAUGCUGUCCUCCAGCGACCGGCCAGUGUGCAUAUUUUUAAUCAUAAGGCCAAUUCUUUAUUGUUAAAUUAUGGUGGCAGUAGUAAUGAUAUAGCCGGUCCACCAACUGGUCAAUAUCAAAAAUAUUCUCAAAGUACAAAUAAUGGCACAAUAUCGAGAGGUUUGUUGGGGCAACAUCAUCGUAAUACCUCUUCGUCGAGUAGUUGUAUAUAUGAAAAGACGAAUGGUGCUGCUGGAGCAAGAAAUUCUAUUGGUGGUAGUUUGAAUAUAACACCGAAUGGUUGUAAUAACAAGCAAAGUAAUUCUUUGCAAUUAAUGGGAUCUAAUGUUUUCACUUGGGGUAAACGUAUGAGCCGUAAACUAGACAUCUUAAAACGCAGUGACACCCACAACACUCACAAGUCUCACACCGAUUUACGCAGCCUCUUCCACUCGCCCAAUCAUCACAAUGCCAGCAGCAAUAACACCAAUCAAUGCAAUAACACUCCCACACACAAUUCCAACAAUCGUGAGGGACACUAUCAAAGCAAUACCCUAAAGAAAUGUAAAUCUGGACCCAUAGAAACGAUUAAAAAUCGUGAACAGCAAAAAAAUCAAAGUAUAAAAUUACAAAAUAAAUUGGAAGGAACACAGCACUCUGCCUCAGCUUCUAGUACACCAACACACACGUCGCAAACGAGGCCGCAGACAAAGGCUAUAAAGAAUUUCUUUCAUCGCAUAGGAUCGACAGGCAUGUUAAAUCAUAAAUCUCAUAAUCUGGUCAAAGCGGCGGAGCAACCAAAUAAUCAAGCAUCAACAGCUUCUCUAUAUCGUAGUAGUUCAACGAGUCAGUUGACUACUUGUUCCUAUGUGAAGUGUGAUGAUCCUAGUGAUGGUUUAAAUUUAGCUAAUGGUCAAAAGAGGCAAUCAAUGAGUGGUUUGCUUAAAAGUGGAGCUAAUUUGUUAAAUGGCAGUAAUGGUAGUAUAGCCAGUGCGGGUAUAAAGUCUAGUAGUUGUGAUGAUAUAGCCAAGGUGGGACAAGUGGUUAUAACAACAACUAACUCAGCAUCAGAACCCUCUUCAGCCACCUCACCCCAAAACUCGGGAGAUCCUAAUAGUAGAAGAGCCGCCUUUCCUUAUGCCUUUCUGCGCUCUAGACUAUCCGUGUUACCAGAAGAAAAUAAUGGUUCGGUGAUGAAACAACCUUCCCUCUCCAGUUUACACACUUUGGCCGAGCAACAGCAGCAACAACAGUAUCUGCAUGUACCCAAUUCUCCUUUACCAAAACAUCGCAAUUCCACUAUUUUACCUGCCGUCGAAACUGACUUUAAUCAAUUGACAGAUAAUCUCUCAAUUGCUAGCUCUACACCAAAUCAUUCGGUAAAAAUGAUUUAUCGGAAUGAUUCUUUAACGAAGCGUUAUUCCUCGGAUGAUAGUGCUAUUGGCAAUUGCUCGCCCAUGCAGCAGGCAUCUCAACAGUCUGGCGGCGGCAGUGGUGAUGUUUCACGCAACAACAGCAUUACUUCCAAGGACUGGGAACCACUUUACCAAAGAUUAAGUAGUUGUCUAAGUUCAAAUGAAUCGGGUUACGAUAGUGAUGGUGGCAAUAAUAUCACACGCCUAAGCAAUAGUCUUGGUAUCUCCGGAGGAGAUACAGAAUCCAUUGCUUCGGGUACUCUAAAAAGAAAUUCCCUAAUAUCACUCACCUCAUCGGAGGGUUUGGGAGGUGGAGUGAUGACAAGUGGUGGCGGUAGUAAUGCUUUGCGUUCGAGUAGUAUUUGUAGUACUAUGAGUGGUCCCGUUUCGUUGGGUGGCUAUAAUUAUGAUUAUGAAACCGAGACUAUACGUCGUCGGUUUAGACAGGUGAAAUUGGAGAGAAAAUGCCAAGAGGACUAUAUAGGUUUGGUACUAUCGCCCAAAACUGUACAAACCAGCAAUAAUGAAAUGCAAUAUAGAUAUUUGAUUGUCGAAAUAGAUACGUAUGGUAUGGCUCAAAAAGAUGGCCGCCUUCGUUUGGGAGACGAAAUUGUCAAUGUUAAUGGCAAUCAUUUACGUGGCAUACAAUCGUUCCAGGAGGUACAACGUUUACUAAGCUCCUUUGUCGACAAUUGCAUUGAUUUGGUUAUAGCCCACGAUGAGGUUCAUACUAUAACGGAUUUUUAUACUAAAAUCAAAAUUGAUGGCUCUUCAGCUUAUGGGCAAAAAACAGAAAUGGAAUCAAAUCCAACACAAACUGAUUUGUAUAGUUCUAUGCAAUCUCUAACAGCGGACACGCCACCACCACCGCCUCAAUCAAGAAAUGAUUAUUUGGCUCGAGCUAGAAAACGUUUAAGUUAUACACAACGCACCCAAAGUACCGACAGUAUCAAUAGCUAUGAUUUGCAUAGUUUACAGUUGGCUUUGGAACAUGAACGAGAUGAUGAUGCCGAGUCUAUAGCUAGUACUUCUACCAUUAACUCAGCCGUGGAUGUUACUUCACCGCCCAGUGGACCAAUGCCCCCUUCCAUGCCUUUAAUGCAGCACAGAAGAUGUUCCACUCCACGACAUUCUAUGGAUGCCUCUGCUUUGGAACAUUUAAGACGUCGUGCCCGUUCUUCUUCAGGUCAGCGCAAUUUGGAAUUAACCCCUAUGCUUUACACAAACGAAUACACUCCGGUCUAUAACAAUCGUUCGUCUAGUGUUUCUCUAGCUACGCACACGAUAAGCGAUGAUGAGAAAUGGCAAUUGUUGAAUCGUAAACGCUGUUCAGAGGGCGCCGCGAUACAGACACCCCUACAGCCGCCUCAGUGUGGUAAUCGUAGUGCUUCUUUAAGUAUAGAAACUCGCAAAGCUAGUCUCAUAAGUCAAGAUAGUUUGGAGGGUGCUACACAAGCAGCACAACCCUUCCCAGCACGCACUCACUAUACCCGCAAUUCAAUAAAUCUCUCAAAUUCGCAUUAUCGUUCGUUGCGUUUUGCACACUCUCGCCUUAGUUCGUCACGUUUAAGUUUAUUUCUGCAGCCAAAUAAUACUAAUAAUCAAGCUCAAACAGCAACAACAAAUGCUAACCAACAACAACAACAACAAUACACCAAUAAUACAACAAAUAAUCAUAAUAAGACUAAUGCUAAUACUAAUAAUCACAACCAAACAAACACCAACAACAAUUAUUCCCUUCAUAAUGAUAACACCAACUCUGCCACACCUACAAUAACUUUAGCUAAUAAUGUCCUUGAUUUAGAGGAUGACAACGUUACUAGUUGUGGUGUUAGUAAACGUUUUCAAUCGUCUGUAAAUGCUCAACAACAGCAUCAAACGGAUGUUACACAUGAUCUCAAUAGUACAACAACAACAAAACAAUUGCACCAACAAAUGCCACCAAAAUAUAUAAGUAAUACUACUUUAACCUUAAAUCAUUUAACCAAACACAAUAAUCAUCAUCAACAUCAAAAUAAUUUAAAUGUUCCUUCAUCCACUACAACAAAUCAAUCUAAUGCUUCAACCACUACUACAGCAACAGUGGGUAAUCGGACAUAUUUAACACCGGCUAUGGCUACACCAUCAGCAGCCAUGCUACAACAUCAUCGUCCCUCAUUACCCGUGGCCAAACUAACAAUUAGAGAUGAAGAAAUGGCUGAGGUAAUCAGAGCCUCAAUGAGUGAUGGCUCCCGACGCGGUACUCCUAGAGUUGUGACAUUCUUUAAGGGACCUGGCAUGAAAUCUUUAGGUUUUAGUAUUGUUGGCGGUCGUGAUUCACCUAAAGGUAACAUGGGCAUUUUUGUUAAGACUGUAUUCCCUACGGGACAGGCAGCAGAUGAUGGCACAUUGCAAGCUGGCGAUGAAAUUUUAGAAAUCAAUGGCAAUUCAGUACAAGGUAUGAGUCAUGCCGAAACUAUAGCAUUAUUUAAAAAUGUUCGAGAGGGUGCUAUAGUUCUAAAACUACUAAGAAGAAGACUACAAAAGGCUAAAUCAAUGGGGGCUUAAAAGAGAGCA